UGUCUCUUCAUAUACACGUGGUAUACUCUACUUUGGGUAGAAAAUUCUGGGUUGAGUUUGUUGGUUUUGGAUUCUUUUCUUUGUAUUUUCAUCGAUUCUCUCAACUGGGUCAUAAACAUUCAAACAAAAAAGUUCAUCGAAAUGCUCCAAUUCAAGAUCAUAAAGAAGAAAAUGUGGAUGUUUCCUUGCUGCUGAUAUAUUAUCUAUUUUACCCCAAAACUCAGCCCCCCACAAAUUUGUCUUCUUCUUUCUCCUAGAUGGAAGUUAUGAUUUUAACAUUGGACUCAGGUUCAGGCUCAACUACCAGCUGCCGCAGCUUCUCCCGAGUGCUUUCUCUCUGGUUUGCUCCUCCCACUCGCCCUCCUGGCCUUGAUCCUUAGAUAUUAGUUUUAGUACGUCAAUCACCCAAAAACACACACAAGAACACACAAUUGUUGUAACUUUGUGUUGUUAGGAGGUGAAAUCCAAAAGGGUUGGUGAAUAGAUGAGAAGUCGAUGCUAGUGAUAUACAAUUCUUCUUGUUGUAGAAGAAAAGAUUGAUAUUUGUUCAUUUUGUUGGAAUUCCAAAAACUGAAUCUUGGAAUUUGAUCAAAAUAAGGCCUUGCUGUUGAAAUCAUAUAUUAGCACACACACUGGUUUGUGUAGUUUCUUGUGCGUUUCUUGAACCAAAUAGCUCAAAGUUCUGGUUUUUUGAGGCAGAAAUUAUAUAUUUCACUAGCAUAUACGCCUAUCUAGUGCUUGUGCUGGGAGUAGACUUUAGAGCAUGAGCUUGUAUUCUGAAGCUCCAGUUAAAAGAAGUACUAUUGGUGAAGAUUGUGCAAGGCAGUUUGAUCAGUUUCCAGGAGAUAUAGGUGGGAUUGGUGGGAAUUUGGGAAGUAAGUCUAUGUCGGGAUCACAAUCCUUGGUGUUGGAUGGUGAGAGAGGGGAGUUAGUGAAGUCCUGUGAGAGAGUAGGGAAGAAAGGUGAGACAUCGGAAGCUAAAACUAUCGCAGCUUUGAAAAGCCACAGUGAGGCAGAAAGGCGGAGAAGAGAGAGGAUUAACGCUCAUCUGGCAACGCUUCGUGGCCUUGUCCCUCCUAAUGAAAAGAUGGACAAGGCAACGCUACUGGCCGAAGUUAUUAGCCAAGUGAAGCAACUGCAGAAAACAACAACACAAAUUAGUCAAAGUUUCUGCAUUCCACUGGACUCGGAUGAAGUUAGAGUUGAGCAGCUUGAUGAGAUAUCAGUAGAAGGAACUUUUAAUUUCAAGGCAUCUCUGUGCUGCGAUUAUAGGCCUGGCCUCCUGUCUGAUUUGAAGAAGGCAAUUGGAUCUCUUCCUCUGACUUUGAUGAGGUCAGAAAUCUCGACCUUGGGAGGCCGCCUGAUGAAUGUAUUAUUCUUCACCAGCAGCAGAAGAGGGGACAUUGGCAGUGCAGAGGAUCGCAAACAGCUCGUGAACUCUGUCCACCAGGCUUUGAGUUCUAUCUUGGAUAAGUUUGCUGAAUCGACAGACUGUUUGCCGCAAACAAUGUACUCGAACAAGAGGCAAAGGGUUUCUUACUUUGUGUCUUCAUGCUCAUCAUCGUGAAAGUUAUAAUGCUGCUGUGAUAUUAUUACUAUUACUGUUAAGCUCAUGCUAGCAUAUGUUGGCCUGAUGCUCUAUACAUACAAGUAUACCUUGAGGACCUUUUUUAGCCUUAAGAUGUAUGUCUAUCAGUAGUAUAAUGCUGGUCUGUUAUAUACAACACCAGCACCUUAGUGUGUGAGAUCCAGCUCAAUUGGAAGAGAAAAGAAACGGAAGGAAAUAAUUUGAGAUAAAUGUAAAAGAGGACAGGAUGAAGAAGAGUUGCUUUUGCUGCUAAGUGUAUGAUGUAAAUACCAAUUGCUAAUGGAAGUUUACUAUAAUGGU